AGUUAGCAUCCAUGCGAAAAUUUAAUAUUGCCGCGUGCGAACAGCGCAGGCAUGCUCAGGCAUUGCCCAAGAGUUACGAAUUGAUCCAUUGAAGCCAGUCAGCCAUGGCCGGCCUGCGCCGAGCCCUGAGCUGCCUGGCCGUAGUGGCAGCCGCCGCCGCAGCAGUCGGCCUCACCUACAACAGCAAAGCCCAAAAGGACACAACUCAAAAGGACUGCCUCUCCACCAAUUGGGGCGCCGCCGCGGUGAAGGGCAACGUCGCGGUCAUCGCCGCGGUGCCGCGAGACGUCGUCACAAGCGCUCGAGCCACGUCCCUGGACGCUUCUGGAAAGUUCCUUUCUCGAUCCGCGGUGGAAACACGAAGGAUACCCUGCGGUAGCGAAGCAUGCGUUCUAGCCGUCGCGAAAGGCCAUGCCGGUGCGACCUCGAUACAUGUACAGCUGUUUGCCGACUAUACUUCCGAACAAGCAGCUUUAAGAGACCCCAAAAGAAUAGAUGACAACGAACCGCUCCCGUUCCUCGGUGUGAAUCUAGCGGACGUCACGCUCAAGCUUCCUUCGCGGAGGCCCUCGACCGCGAAAGAGAAGACAACAAGAGGGACACAUUCAUUAGCGAUACAAGCGCAGAAGGCCCUCAAAAACAUCAAAGAUGAUGCCUGCGACGCGCCGCGCUGGGUCGCUUCAGAUAGAGCUAUCUUCGGUAGAAAAGAUAGGAGACCGGCGUGCGGCUACGAGAGCUUCUUCGCGCCCUACCGCAAGAUGGAGCCCAUCACGCGCGCGUACGCUCAAAAUUGCAAACCACCAAAAACGCUGACGAUGACGAACCUCGGGAAAUGUGUUCGUGACGUCGUUUUUGCGGGCGACAGCAUAAUGAGACAUGUCUCGUUCUUCCUGCAAUGUGAAUUGGGGAGGAAGCACCACGUGUCCUACACGCCGCUGCGGGGCACCGCCGUGAAUGUCUCGGCGCAUCUUGAGCAAUUACGGAAGGCUCCUUCUUCCAAGGUUUUGGUGAUUAACGUCGCGGGCCUGUGGCAGGUCGCCUACGGCCGCUCGGCUUCCUAUGAGGCCGCCGUGGAGCAGGUCCUGCGGUUUGCGUCGCAGAAGUUCCAUCGAGUCGUUUUAGCGGCGACAACAGACGUAUUUCCGGAGCAUUUUCUGGGCCGGUCGGCGUGCCCGCGCGCGGGUUCUUCCAUAAAACUGCAGGGGGCGCACCGCGCCGUCGACGUGCCCUUAAGUGCGGCGCGGGCCAAGCGCGCGAUGACUUCACCAAGAGUGGUGGAAGCGAACGCGGCGGCGGCGCGCGCGGCGGCGAAGCUUGGUAUAGCGGUCGUCGACGUCUUCGCGCCGUCUGCCUUGGCCUUCGACGACCCCCUCGAGGCCGGCGACAUGCGGCACUUUGGGUCCGCGACGACGGCGGCCGUCGCGCGGCUGCUGGUGGAGGCGGCGUGCCCGGGGGUCUUGAAGUGA